AUGGCUAAGGUCAAGUACUAUUACGAUCCGAAAACACUCUCGUACCGGAAAAUUGAGAAAGGCCCGGGCUACCGGCUAAAGCAAACCAUGCUUUACAUGGCCUCGGCUGCCCUUAUGGGGAUGGUGUUUUACCUGAUUGCCGACAACUUUAUUGACUCGCCCAAAGAAAAACGCCUGCGCAGAGAGCUGGAAAACAUGAAAAUCCAGUACUCCAUUAUGAAUGAGCGCAUGGAUCAACUGGCCACCGUUUUGCGCGAUUUAGAAGACCGGGAUGACAAUAUUUACCGCGUAAUUUUUGAAGCGGAACCCAUUCCCGCCUCGGUGCGAGAAGCUGGCUUUGGAGGCGCCAACCGCUAUAAAAAACUUGAAGGCUUUGAAAAUUCAGAGCUGAUUAAAGAAACGGCCAAGCGUCUGGAUAAAAUCACCAAACAGCUGUACGUUCAAACCAAGAGCUUUGAUGAAAUUGUUGAGAUGGCCGAUGAUAAAAAUAAGUUUUUGGCCUCCAUUCCGGCCAUACAACCCGUGGCCAAUGAAGAAUUGAAGCGCAUGGCAUCGGGUUACGGUUGGCGCAUAGACCCCUUCACCAAGGCCCGAAAAAUGCACUACGGUAUGGACUUCUCUGCCGAAAUUGGCACCCCGGUUUACGCUACGGGCGAUGGCAUUGUGAAACGAGCGGAUUCGCGCUCCAGUGGAUUUGGACGCCAUAUUCGCAUUGACCAUGGCUACGGCUACACCACCAUUUAUGCCCAUUUAAGUGAGUACAACAUACAG